AUGGCAAUUGAGAUUCCAGACCACUUGACCGAGAAGUACGCCGCGGAGCGGAUAAAGCGACUUCGCUCCGACCAACUUGCGCAGUUCGUCGAUUUUCGGGACCCAGAACUCGCUGGCAUGGACAAAGACCUCUAUGUCGACUAUGACGCUCUAGCUUCCAGAGGUGUCCCGCUCAAGGAUGGGUCCGAGGUCAAGGUCCUGAUUGCUGGUGGAGGAAUGUUUGGGGUGAUGACAGCUCAUCAGCUGGUGAACAAAGCCGGCAUUGCCAGCAGCGACAUCGUCAUCGUCGACAAGGCUGGCGGCUUUGGUGGUACUUGGUACUGGAACAGAUACCCAGGCGUAGCGUGCGAUAUUGAAGGUUAUUGCUGCGUACCAUUGCUGAAGGAAACUGGUUCCUACGGCCAUGAAAUCCGGGAGCAUCUCGAACGGAUAGCCAACCUGUCGAACAUUCAAGGCCAAUUCUGCACCACUAUCAAGCACCAAAAGUGGGACGAUGAGGCAAAGCGUUGGGUAGUGACUCUGGAUCAGUAUCUGGGACCUAACCAUGGGCGACAACAACUAACUGUUCGUGCUCAAUUCCUGGUUCUUGGUGGGGGAAUACAAACCUCUCCUCAUGCCCCAAAAUUGAAUGGCAUCGAUACGUUCAGUUCAGCGCCCGGUAAGGUUGUCAUGCACACAGGACGCUGGGAUUGGUCCAAGACUGGCGGCUCCCAGGAAGUGCCAAACAUGACAAAACGUCAAGGGAAGAGGGUUGGGAUCAUUGGCACCGGAGCCACUGCAGUUCAAGUUAUACCUCAUGUGGCCAAGUGGGCGGGCCAUACCUACGUCUUCCAACGUACUCCGUCUUACGUUGGUCCUCAAAAUCAGAAAGAGACAACCCCUACGGACUGGGCCCGGGUAGCGUACAAGCCUGGAUGGCAACACGAGCGUGUGGCGAACCUGGAUGCGACAUUUACAGUGACUGGGAUGAGAGCCGCAUUGGGCCAUGAAGGUGAGGUCAUCGCUGCGGAUGAAGAGGAAGAGCAUGUCAAGAACAUGUUGAACCUCGACUAUCCGUGGACGGAACAGAUGCGAGCCCGAGUUGACGCCGAGGUGAAGGACCCUUCAGUCGCCGAGAGGUUGAAAGCGUGGUACCCCGGUUUCUGCAAGCGACCUACCUUCCAUGGCACAUAUCUGUCUCUCUUCAACAGACCAGGAGUGUCGCUUGUUGACACCAAUGGCCGUGGAGUUGAAGCGUAUACCCCAAACGGUGUGAUAGCAAACGGCCAAGAGCAUGAGAUUGACGUUCUCAUUCUCGCCACAGGAUACUCUGUCGGGCUUGUCGACUCCUGCCCUUCGUCGACUUUGAAUGCUCCGCUGGAGGGACGAGGUGGCCGACCUUUCAAGGACAAGUGGGAUGGCCCAGACUAUGGCAACCUUUACGGUGCCAUGUCAAAUGGGUUUCCCAACCUCUUCUUCGCCUCUGGGAGUGGCGGCUCGGUGUCACAGAAUGCGCACAGCUUCUACAGCCUUCUUACUCGUUUAAUUGCGCACGUAUUGAAAGCGACUUUCCAAGGUGCUGAAGAUGCAAAGAAGGCCACCGUCGAGGUCAAGAAGGCCGCCGAGGAUCACUGGUCAGCAGAAGUUGCGAAGCGGGCUCGCUGGUUUGCAGCAUUUCCCAGUUGCACACCGGGUUACCUGACAGGGGAGGGCCUCAUCCAGGACCAGGAAAGUCUUACGGAAGAGAUCAAAGAGCAGAUUGCUAAGCAGUCGUCUUGGGGAGAAGGUAUUCUCAGUUUCCAGAAGGUUGUCGAGGGGUGGAUGGAAGAUGGGAAACUAGAUAGGUUGGUAAUUGACUCCUAA